AUUUUUGUUUAUACGGCGGCGACGGAGAAAAUUAUUGACAACCCUCGACGAGUUUUCGAUUUGAACGAAACAAAAAAAAGGUGACCAGAAUUUGAAGCGAGAGUAGGAGAAACAAAAAGAGAAGCAAUCAUGGGGAUGAAAUUUCUGAACAAGAAGGGAUGGCAUACGGGGAGUCUCCGUAACAUCGAGACCGUAUGGAAGGCUGAGCAAAAACAAGAGGCCGAGCAGAAAAAGCUUGAGGAGCUUCGUCUCCAGAUCUUGCAGGAGAGAGAGCGUUCUGAGUUUCGUGCUCUCCAGGAACAAGCCGGUCUCAUUCCGAGACAAGAGAGAUUGGAGUUUCUGUAUGAUUCAGGAUUAGCUGUAGGGAAGGGAAGUGCGAGUGGUUCAGGUGUUUCGUUUCAGAAAGAAGAGCAGCCUUUAGCCAAAGCUGAAGCCGGUAAUAGUGCCAGUGAGAAGCCAGAUCAGUCGGCUCCUGGUGCGCUGUUUGAGGAGAAGGCGCAAUCUGCUAAUGAUUCGUGGAGGAAACUUCACUCUGACCCUUUGCUUCUCAUCAGGCAGCGUGAGCAGGAAGCUCUUGCCAAAAUCAAGAAUAAUCCUGUCAAAAUGGCUCUUAUUCGCAAAUCGGUAGAAGAAAAAGGAAAGGGUAAAGAUGGAGACACAAAGGAGCACAAGAAAAAGCAUAAGCGUAAAAGUGGAAAGCAUCAGAAGCAAUCUUCAUCCAGACGGCGAUCUGAUUCAGAGGAAGAUUCUGGUGAAGAGUAUAACGGAAGAAAAUCUCACCAUCAGAAAACGUCAGGGACUCAUGACAAACACUAUGAGAGACCAAGUUAUGGUCAAGAGGAUAAAAAGAGGAAAACAGAAGAUUUAGACAAUGGAAAGCAUCCCUCGAGGGAGAAUGAAUACCAGAAUAGACGCCGGAAAGGUGGCUCUAAGCUAUCAGAAGAAGAAAGAGCUGCUAGAUUAAAGCAAAUGCAAAUGGAUGCAGAGGUGCACGAGGAGCAAAGAUGGAAAAGAUUGAAGAAAGCUGAUGAGACUGAUGCAGUGGAAGCUGAUAAGAACAAAGUAACCACGGGCAAAAGCUUUUUGGACGAUGCUAAUAAAAGUGUGUACGGAAUUGAGAAAGGCGGGAGCUCAACAAUUGAAGAAAGUGUUCGUCGCAGAAGCUAUUAUUCACAACGUGGAACUGCAGCUGAAGGCAAUGCGUUUCGACGCUAAUGAUGCAAAAUAUUGUUGCAACAAAACACAAUGUAUACUAAGGUUUGUGUCUUUUUAAAAUUGUAGCAAUGUUUUUGGUCAGAAUGUUUUUGUCACUCUUUGACAUUGUGCUCCUGAUUCCAGGAUAUUGUUGUGCUGUUGUGCAUCAAGCUCUUAGGUCUUUGGAUAUGUGAGGACUACGAGGCUUAGGCCCAUUGACAUAGCCCAUUAUGGGGUGGUCCAGUCUUUUAUCCCCAAAUCGAGCGUGGGAUUUGAAUUGUUAGUGUGUAAUCUUAUUCAGUGAGUGGGACGUUGAAAUGAAGUGUAUGAGUCAAU